UCCUCUUCAUAGGUUCCUGCUCAACAGCUAAUCACACUUGAUUCCUGCUGACACAGGACUCUGGGAAUGUUUGCAUCACCCUUUUAAACAUUUCUUGUUCUCCCAUUCACAAGCAAGCAAUUGCGAUGGUAACCGAAGACGUGGGUAAACUACAUCUGAAUAUUGGAUGCAGUUUGUGAUACACUGCAACCUGAAUCCAGAAUUAACCACAUUCUGACAAUGUAAGCAAACAAUUAACAAUUACCAUCUUCACAAAUUUUAGAUACAUUGCAAGGCUGGAUAUGUUGGAUACUGCAUCUGAGACCUGACAACACAAAGACUUGACAAAAACUGAGAAGAGGAGUUUCUGAGGUUUCAAAUUUCAGCUACUGCAUGCAGGACUCAUGGGGGAUAUAUUUCUACACAGCUGCCCGCAAAGCCUUCCUGUGUCACUCACCCCUCCACGUAGACCCGCAGGAGGACAUCAGCGAGAAAGAAGAAGGAGAUGAUGAGGGACACUGCCUCUAAGGCAUCUCCGACCUCUCUGCUCCUGGCUGGCAAGGAGAGGUCCACAAUCACCAGCACAAAGUCCACUAGGAUCAGUAUCACGCCAAAUAUACUGGAAGAAAAGACCGACAGCAUCACCACAUGUUGCCAGGCAAGGAAAGCUCCAUCACCGACUGAUUUUGCGGCAAGAGGCUUCUUCCUUAAAGCCAUGGCGGUGUUGCUGUUGUUAGCUCUGGUGUCCUCAGUCAUGGCCUCUCCCACACAGUUGUCAGCAAUGGACUCCUGUGGGCCAGAGAUUGCAGCUCUCAAACGCAACAUAAAGAAACUGGAAAAUAAACUGUUGAUUGGGACAUGGCAGGUUGAGCACUUGAAGAAGCACAAAUACUUCCAAUCAAUUCAGUCUGUUGUGUCCAGUACAAAACCUGAAACUGGCACAGUCAUUGGCGUGAACCAAAACAAAAGUGGGACAUUAGACAACGCUGAUAUGACAGUGAUGAAAACACUUCCACCAGCAGGCAAUUUAAUUGUCCAUGACAAAGACUGUUCGGAGCUAUUUGAUAGACUGAGACCACCGAGCGGUUUCUACCGCAUCAGACCCAAAUCCCACCAGGACGCCUUCUUGGUCUACUGUGACAUGGAGGAUGGAGGAGGAUGGACAGUGUUUCAGAAGCGUCGGCACGGAAAAGUUGACUUCAACAGGGACUGGGUGGACUACAGAGAUGGCUUUGGCGACUUCAAACUGAGGAAUGAUGAGUUUUGGUUGGGGAAUGAGCACAUCUAUUCUCUACUGUCAGAUGGUAAGAACCUGGUGAAGAUAGAUCUAAUGGACUGGGACGGACAGAGAAAUUAUGCAUUUUAUGAGAACUUCAGGAUCACGAAUGAGGCUGACAAAUAUCGUCUCCAGUAUGAGCUGUAUAGUGGGAAAGCUGGGGAUGCACUGACUGGUGGUGGGGGGUCGGUGGAACAUUGGUCUUCUUGCCUAAGUGGCAUGGAGUUCAGCACCAGAGAUCAGGACAAUGACCGCUACCUUCAGGGCAGCUGCGCUCAGGAGAAUAAUGCAGGAUGGUGGUUCAACAGAUGUCAUGCAGCCAACCUAAAUGGGAAGUUUUACCGCAAAGGGAAGUACAAGGGCCAGUAUGACAAUGGUGUAGUGUGGGGGACCUGGAAAGGCCUUUGGUACUCCCUUAGACACACCACCAUGAAGGUGCGGCCUCUGGUGUUCCUGGACUUUAUGGGCAGUGGAGCAGGGGAAAUUUAAAAGCACAAAG